AUGUGUCGUAACUGUGCUUUACCUGAAUGGGGGGAACCUGUGAAAAUCCCAGUCGCAGAACUGCCAGCGUUUUUCUCCAAGCAGAUCAGCUGGAAUUUCGAGCGCCUAAACUACGGUGGAGGAGCAGUCAUUGAAACCAUUUCAGGUCGACCAGAGCGCCCAUCGGUGACUGGGAGACUUGGCUGUAGGCUAAGGGAAGGUAUGCAACCACCAGCUAGAGGCAAACGAACGGAGAGGUACCUACUUGUCAGCGAAUGUUUGUAUUGCCCAGGGAAACGGUAUGGAUGUACCCCUCGAGCAAACUGCACUGGGAAGCGCCGGAACUGCUAUGCAAUGUGCAAAGUGACGGUGUACGCUGAUGCGUCUGAUUUGGCAGAAGUUUCCUUCUCGGGCAGCCACGGAAGUGGUAAUGUUACCGAUCCAUCUUUACACAGAGCUCCUCAUGAAGGAAAACGGAGAAGAUUGGAUGAUGAUAAUGAUCAAACACAGGUUGGCAAAUAGAAAAAAAAUCGUCAAACGAAAAUAUUAAUAUUACAAUACGUUUCAUUUGAUCACCUGAACACUAGAGCAAUGGUGGUCUCCAGUAGAUUUAAUAAAAAUAUCAAUUAUUUAUAUUUAAGUUUUUACUGAGAGCCAGUAAAUAAUCUAAUUACAUUAUCAUGAUAAGAUUAUUAUAAGUUAGCUUAUAUGCAAAUCUGGAGCAAGUUCAGAAUAUCUGGGGGAGGGGGUAUCGGAUAAGUUGAUCUACCCAGAAAAUGAGCAAGUGUGACUUCAACAAAUAAUAAACUGAAGGUAAGCAAAAUGCUAAAAAAUUUCAAAUUAUGUAUUAAGAGGCAUUUCAUCACAGGGGCAUGAAAUACCUGUCUCAAGAAGAUUUUUAUUCUGACAAAUUCCAAUUCAGCAUUCUCCUCAGGCUUAUCAUUUAUUCCGCCAUUUUACUGUGGAUAACUUUCCACAGUUUUGAAAUAUUGUGUUUGAUCACCUCUAUUUCUGCCAUAUAUGAAGCCAGUUGACAAACAGGCCAGUGUUUCACGAAGGUCAUCAAUACUGUUUUGGUUUGAAAUUUGAGCAUUGAUAUCCUUGCUCUCCAAUCCCUGUGCUUGCAAAGUACCACUGUUGAGAAACAGAGUACUGUAAUGGUAGUAGAUUCAGAUGUUUUUUAAAUACAUUCUCCAUUUAUCGUGAUGCACAAUGAAAUUUAAUGUAUUGUCAAAAUGUAACUCUAAAUGUAAUGGUGUGUUUGUUUUAAUUCGUUUCUCAGAUACAUUUCAUCUCAUUGUUCUGAAACAUUUUUUUUAUUCGACUUAUAUGCCCCCCCGCCCCCACCAGAUAUAAGUCCCACCGUUUAUAAGUCCACCCAAAACCCCUCUUGAAGAACUUUAUAUACCUUUAAUUUGGGAAUUUAAAGUAUUCUCUUAGUUUCCAGGUAUUCUGAAGUGUGGCUGAAAAAUCAAUAAACUAAUGAGUGAUUUAUUAUAAACAUCCAUAAUACUCCUUUUUUAUUAGCUCUAUCCCAUUUAAAUGAUCAGACUUUGGGAUUUUGGCUUUGAUCUUCUGAUCUGUUUCUAGCAUGAGACAAACAAAACGGCAGCUUAAAGAUUAAGAACAAUAGCCUUUUACUGUUAGCUAGCAUGACCUGCAUAUUAAUAUGGUAGAUGAAGUGUUUGACUUUUCAAACAUGCUCUAGUCAUGGGUUGCAAGUGUGACUUGCAUGUAUGAAUAAUACUGGAACUUGUAUUUCAUUUCCUUUUCAUAAUGUGCUGCCUCCUUAUACCGUGUAUGAGAGUAUGUAAGUUUUAAAAGAAAUCCUGACCUUAACCGUUAUUUCUUUAGAGAUGGAAACAAACUGAUCGACCAACUAUGGUAGAGUCUCUUAGCUCUGAUGGGAUUGGCCUUGAUCGUUCCAGCACGGAGGUAGUCACAUUAGAAGUUGGCCAGAAUAUCAUGCUGACUGGAAAUAAUGUGGAAUUGCUAAACACACAUCGCUCUUCAAAUUCACCAGAUGUUGUGCUCUGGACAACAUCCUCUGGGGAACAAGUCAGUACUUUUCAAACCAGUAACGGCACCGCGGGAAGUAGUCCUACAACCCCUAGUACACCUUUGAAUACACCUUUGUCAUCAGCAGCAGUAACACCACAGUCCACUGUUCAGAGUGGUUUACGAGGGGCACAGGCCAGGCAGCCUUAUACACCUCCGGGUAGAUCUCCUCCUGCAUUGACUAAAAGCUCAGGACCACAGUCCUUAUGGAUAUCACAGCCAAGAACAGAAUUCAAAUAUUCAGGAACAAAGCUACGUGCAAAUCAGGUUUGUUACUUUUCUGGGCACUUAGUUUUCAUGAAACAUAAGAGAUAGAUUUCACAAUUGAAUUUUGUUGUUUGGUAGAAGAAUCAUGUGAACUCUAAUGAAAGAACAGGUCUUAGAAAUAGCACUACAGUUUUUCAUAAGUAUUAAAUUUUAUAGUCACUUCUCAACAAAACUUGCGUUUUGUAAAACACUUUUUGUGUUUGUGUUAGCACUGACUGCCUUAUACCAGAAGUGUGGGAAGGAACAUUUUAAUUUAAAGUGCAAAAUUUCAAGAAAGUUUCAAUAAAAUGAGUAACAAUAAGACACACGCGCUCCUAGGAUCCAACGUCUAGUAUCAUAAAAGAAUGUACAAUACCGGUAUUUUUCACCUGUGGUUUGCUAGCUUAAAAAGUGGAGCACUGGAGUACUUUGCCAAGGCUGUAAUUUAAGGGAGGGAGGAAAAGAAGCCCAGUGCUCUGAACCUGUGAAAAAACAUUAUGUGAGAGUUCCCAUCACAUGGUUCUUAUGCCAAAAACUAAGAUUUUGUAGUCAGCUAAGAGCAAUAAAUAAGCGACCAGGGACCAGUCCUGCUAUAUGACUUGCCAAGAGUAAGUGGUCUUGUCCAGUUUAAAUGUGUUGUAAAUGUACGUUGAUAAUGUUGAAGUAGCAGAAAAAUACAUACUUAAGUUAAACUGGAUAAAAAAAUUGAUUUCUACACAGUAUAAUUUUCAAUCAUUCUGAAUAAUGUCCUUACACAAAACAAGUGAUGUUUUUCUAUUUUUUUGAUAUAUUUUUUCAUUUGUUUAAUGAUACAGAAUCAAGAGAAAGAACAGGAAAUCCUUACCAUGAAACAGCACAUUCAUAUCCUCCAACAAGAACAUCUAGCCAAGAUUUCCCAUAUUGCUGAACUGGAAGCACAGCUACAAUACCUCAAGGUAAUCACUUGAAGUGUACUCCAACCUGUUUUCCAGACUUUUUACUGUUAAUCAGUGAAUUUGUCCCUCUGAUUUCCUCUCAAAAUAAUCCUUCCUGCUAAUUAACCCAUUUUCUCCUGGAAAUUUUGCCGAAAAAUGCUGUUUGUAGCUAGUCAGGCAUCUGUAGAUAGUUUGGUCGCUUUACAGCCAAAACAAACCCAGAAUGCCCAAAAUACUGUUUAUAAGUCAAGCACUUCCACCUUGCAGCCUUUUUUUUCUGAUGCUAAAUAUCAGCUUCUGAAGUUCAGGCAUGUCCAGAAAGCAAAAUUUUGUAAUAGUUUUUGGGUUUAAAAGUGACACAGCAAUACUGACUUUAGACUGUCCAACCUUUUGAGUAUUAAAAUUGAGAUAUCUUUUGGUGAUUGAGGAAUCAUGUGAGCACCAAAGGGCGAGCCACUAGCGGGAGUCUAGGGGUAUUCUCCCCCAGAAAAUUCUGAAAUCUUGAUCCUCUUAAAUGCCAUUUCUACUGUUCUGAGAGGACAAUUUUGAUUGUCAUUUUUAUGUUUAUUUUUAUUUGCAUGGCUUACAUGAACAAGUACUCGAUUUUAUUUUCUAUUUCGUGCGUUUUUUAGAGUUUUCUGCUGAUUAGUUUCUGGGUAAGUAUAUUCGGAAAUACAGAUGUAUCAUAACAGAUGUCAAAAAUGGGAUUUGUCCCAUCUCGAUCACAUAUUGGUCAGGAUUCAGGACUUUCAAGCAAAAUUGUGAGAAUUCCAACAUAAUCAAAUUGGGAUGGUUGGACCCUCUGCAGCUUUCUCUUCUCUGCUUCUUUCAUUUUUCUAAUCCUCCUUUUUUAUUGCCUGGCACUUACUAAGGCUUCAUUUUGGUGGGAAACCUUUUUGAGAAAACUUUUACUCGGAUUGUACAAUUGUACGGAAUAAAGUGUGGGUGGGUAGCAGGACAAGAUUUUCAUUGGAAUUUUUUGAGUCAACUUUAUGGUUCUUUGCCUUUUUCUUUAGGAAGGAGAAAUAUACAGACUACAGCACCAAGUGCAGAAAUUAGAAACUGAAAAUCUGAAAAAGGAUGUAAAAGUUCUUCAGCUUGAGAAGCAGUUACAAGCAGCUCUAUUCUCAAGAACACAGGUAAGCACAAACAUUGUGGUAAUCAGACCUUCCAACUCUCACUAUCCAAAUCUCAUGGUAAAUCAGAAAAUCUUGAAAUUGCCAGACAAUUCCAUUAGGAAUUGCCUAAUUCCAAAACAUUUGUCUUCAUAAUGGACAAAUAAUGUAUCAGUCUAAGUUUGGGGGGAAAUCUGGGUCUAAUCGCAACCUCAUUCCCAUGCAACGUGAAUUAGCAAACUUAAAAUGGCUACUCCCCAUCCUAUCGAUGUGGAUACUGAAACAAAAUCUCAAACUGACUCGGAGACUUUGGAACCUCAGCUUCUAAAGAAAAGAAAACCAGCAGCUGGCCGCAGCCAAAUAUCCCAAAACAUUUAAAAGUAAUAACUUGGAGUAAAUUGUAUCUAAUAGGGUAAAGAAUACCAUAUGACAAAAACAAUAUCCGUUUUUGGUUUUAUUUGACACCUAUUUUAGAAAUCUCCAGGUUUGAGGUCCCAAUCUCCAGACUUUUGGGGGCUUUUUUCAAACACUCCAGAUUGGCAUCGUUUAGAGGUUGGAAGGUCUGGGUAAUACAUGAUACCACAAAAUUAAUUUAUUUUUGUCUGUUGUCUGCGUCAGUAAGCUGAUUAGUUGUUGCAAUAUAUUGACAGUCAAACUUCUACUUAUAGACACCUGGGUGUAAACAAUUAGGCCAUUUACGGUGGACAUGUACAAUUUUGUGACAAGAGCCCAAUUUUAACAGCGAUUUUAGUGUAAACUGUGUGCAUUACAAACAGCUGUACACUCCAUGAUACAUACAAUGGCUUUUGAAAAGCAACAAAAAAACAUACUUUAGAUUCAUUCUCCAAGGUCUUGGCAAACUGUAACCUAUAGUUCAUGAGCAGUAUUUCCCCAUAGGCUGGCAAUAGCACCGUCAUAAAUAAUAAAACUGAACAUUUUAGUCCUCCCCUUUCCCACCCAGUCUUAGUCAAAGACACUUUUUAACAGUUUUUCAGUACAAAAUUGAGUAUUCCCAUUAAAAUUUCAAGACAAACUGUACAAAUAACUCUUUAUCACUCCACCCCUUUAAGAACCAACUGACACCACUGAGCAACAUGUGCUCAAAUUUACUUUUUCAAAGUUAAUAUUUUUAAAACUGCUCCUACACUACAAAGUUGGACAAGCUCUGCCUGUAACUUAUAAUUUGCCCCAGUCAUGUCCAAUACUGCCGCACUGUUUCUGACCAAGAGCAGUUGACAGAUAAUUGUAUGGUCCAUACAAACCAUCAACAUUGCUAGCACAAAUACAAAGCGUGCAUCUCAUUAUUACAUCAGGGCACAGUGUGUUACGGUUCAUAUUAUCUGUACAGUUUGUACGCUUGAUUGAUACAGGCCAUAAAUUCCUUGUUUUAUAAGCCAUAAACCAUAACAAGUGGGCUCCAAAAGUAAUAUUCCUUGUGCUAUAAGCCAUAAACCAAAACAGGCACACUUCAAAUGUAAUAUUCCUGUUGUUGUUUGGUUUUGUAGCAAUCCCCCAGCCCAGUGACGGUACUUGUACCACAAUCUGGGUGCGAAGCUGUCCCUUCACAUCCAGCCAUAAGUAAACAUAAUGAAGUGGAAACAUCACAUGUGGAAGGCGAAGAGAAAGAUGAAAAUGACGUAGAGGAAAAAAAUGAAUUAGAGGAAAAAGAAGCAGACAAAGAUGAUGACAAUGGUGAUGAUGAGAUGCAAAGCACAGAAGAAGUUUAACUUACGUGCAUUUUUUGAAUUUUUUAUUUGUUGUGGUUCAAUUUUAUCUUUGGUUUAACUUUUAUUUUUCUUUGUUAUUGGGUAUGGUAAUGUGUGAUAAUGAGUUGAAAACAAAGGAAAAUAAAAUUUAAAUCAAUAAUAAAAUUCACCACAACAUAUAUUUUUUGCAGCUCUUAAGAACAGGUUGUAUGUUGUUUUUUAUGAAGUGACCAAACUUUUAAUUUACUUGUACAUUGUGAUAUUGUAAGUUUAACAGACUGAAGAGCAAAAUGACAUACCGAUUCCUGCACUCUCUUCUGUACCUUCCUCAAGCUGUUUAAUAAGGAGAAUUUCAUCGAAAGUUCAAGGAUUUGUAUCCCUGGGGGUCAUUUGCUUUUCAUGGGAUGUAUGUCUGAUUCUACAACAGUGACAUUUCAGGGAAAAUUAGACACCGGCCAGUGUGUUAAGAGUUAAUUCACCCAUUGUGACCAGGUACUGCACUAUGAACAACACAAAUCAAACUUGUUUUAGUGUUCUUAUUUGAACCUGGCAAAGGCCAGCAGUUAAGCAUUGCAACAGAAAGAUAAGAAGUGCCUGUUGGCCAAGUGUAUUCCUUUUUCAUUUGUUACUGUUGUAAAAAGAAAUGAAACAGUUGAUGGAAUAGUUAUGUGUAUUUUCAUUUGAUAAGAUUUUACUGUGGAACCCUUUACAUUUUUAACUAACGUAGAAAUGAAAUUGAUAUAUUAUGCUAAGCCAUACCUGUUCUGCAGCAUUCAUUGUGUAGUUCCAGAAAAUAUCUUUACUCAAAGCCCCACCCCUCAAUGGGGGUUUGGAAAUUCCUGGGGAGAACGGGUCUUGGAGACCAUAAAAAAAUAAAAGAAAUGUAUAAAGCUUAUAAACUGGAAUCUCCACGGGGUAGGGGGUAUUAGAAAAAUUUAUUCCAAUCCUUGGGGAGGAUUAGUUACUUUUUGGAACUACACCUAAACUAAACUCUUACUGGCAAAUGAUGACAAACGAAAUAACCAUCAGCAGUCAUUGAAAACUGCAUCAUUAGUGCAUACCUUUCUUCUAGAAUGUUUGUCUGAAUUUUCUCUUACCAAAAGUUGUUUUGGGUAGUGAUCACAACUGGCCUGUAUUUAGCCAGUUUUGUUUUUCUCUGACAUGAGAAAUCCUGCUUAGCUACUUGUGUUUGUAACCUGGUCUGUGGCUUUACUAUUUCAUUUUUUAAAAAAACUUUUUUCCUUUUACAUGGAUUGUCAGCAACGUCAUUUAUAUGACUGUUGGUAUAUUGUUUCGGAGUAUGUUGUAUUACUUUAUUUGUUCAAUGCAUAAAAUGCUAUGUUCAAACUAGACAUCAUAGUAAAAACACCAUCCCGGAAACAGCUAAAUCAAAACAGGUUGCUUUGGUAAUUGUUCAUUGGGCAUUUGGAACAAUGCAAUGAUUUACUUGAGUGACCACUGAACAAUGGCUUCCCAACGUGCAAUUCCCAAUGCCCAAAGAAACCUUUAUUUGUAUCAGCUAUAUAAAAUAUUUCAUUCUUCAGUAUUCCAAUCUUUCACUUAACCUUCCUUCAGAUGGAGGUUGUUAAAAGCCCUCUUGAUAAUAGAGAAAAAAAAACUGUUUCUUUAAUCUUCUGACUCUUGUGUUUUGAAUAAUAAUAUAAGAAUUCUUGUCUAACAUGUUGUAGGUCAUGGUUUUUAUUAUCUUGUCUGCCUCAGAUGCAACCGACAUUGUUUAUUUCCUAAAUAAUUAUGGUCCUUACGUUUUUUAGGAAGAGGGAAAAGUCAUUGCCCACAGGGUAGGUAAUAAUUUAUCAUUCAAUGAGAAAGAAGAAGAAAAACCCCCUCAGCUCUUCCCAAGAGCCUAACCCUCACAGAUUUUUCCCCAGCAAGGAGCCUUCUCCCAGGCUACUGCAUUAUAAGGGACAUUAAAUAACAACAACGGCGACAUGACUGAGAACAGCAAAAAAGCAAUAGGUUUGAUAUUAAGCAAAACAAUUUGCACGUUUCACACUUUUUUGUACAUUUCUUUUCUGUCACUGCACGACUCUGACUCUGCCUAAUUUCAUGUUUUGUGCAGGACAUGAACACAAGAUGACUUCCUUUUUCUUUUCCUAAACUUCAAAACACUAAGUCUUUUAGAAUUCAAGAUGGAAUAAGAGCAAAGAAGUUUAAAGUAGCACAAAUUCACUUUGUAGGUCAUGUUUUUGUAGUCGUUGCCAUUGUUGUUGCUUAAGCUCCGUAUUUACUUUAUAGGGGAGGUUGUACAAAGAAAUGAUCAAUUAUUUGUUUUUAAGUAAUAUGAUUGUACAUGCAUGUAACUCACAUUUUAGUAGUUUUAUUAAAUAUUAUUAUUUCAAAGACAUAUGGUGUUGAUUUU